AUGGCAACUUCACUUAGAUCUAUUAAUAAACAACAGAAUGUCGAUGAUUCAACUACAACAAGAAAGCAUAUACUACCGAAUCUAUAUUGUACAUUACCAACUCUAGAGAUAUUGAAUAUGUCACAACUAGAAUCAAUGUGUUUAUCACGUUUAUCACUUUUAAAAUCAAUCUCAUUAGCAAAGUUAGAAUUAUCAAAGGAGCAAUGUAAUCAACAGAUUGGAUUGUUAUUGAAAGCGUUUUCAGAUCGUGACGAAGAGUUAUACCAGAGUAAAGACGAGACAUCACAUUAUCUAUUGAGACUGGCAAUGGCGAAUUCAAGCGAUUUGGAAUGGUUCAUUCAACAAGAGAUGCUAUUGCUUCGUUACAGACUAGAGAAUAUUACAAUCGAACAGUUUCAACAGUUUCUACAGAAAAAUGCAGGAUUUGGAUGGUCAGUACUCAACGAAGAGGAAUUCCAAUUAAAUGCAAGAGAUUUAUUUUAUCUUUAUGAUUCGAAAUUAUAUAAAAGAGCAUUGGGGGUUGAAAAAGAUACCGCUGAUAAUGAAGAUCCAGUGUUGAGAAUUGCCAAGGUGUCAUGUGUGUAUAGCGAUUUCCUGAAGAUGCCAUUUCAAGAGGUAUCACAGUUGAUCGCCAGAAAGAAGGUGUUGCUGAAGCGAGGAGUUGCAUACAUAGCGAAACACGAAUUUCACGAUGUCAUUAUAGAGAGUUUCCGAAGCUAUUUGAUAUUCGCAAUGGACAGGAUUCGCGAGGAGUACCAGCGUAUCGCUGAGAGCUAUCCACAUUUGUCGAGUUUCUUUAGGAGUCUCCCGAAGCAGAGUGGCAUCGCGGUCACUGCCAACCACGGAAAGAUCACAGCGGCCGAGAUUGCACCGAUCUCCCGCCAGUCGUUCCCAAUGUGCAUGCGUGUGAUGCACGACGGUCUCUUGAAGAUGGGCAAGUUGAAAUACGACGGUCGUCUGCAGUUUAGUACGUUCCUCAAGGCGAUCGGUCUGAGCUACGAGGAUGCCAUCGGCUACUGGAAAUCGUCGUUUGCCAAGCGUGUCUCUGGCGCCGAGUUUGACAAGGAGUAUGCAUACAUGGUGCGUCACACCUACGGACUUGAAGGUAAGGGUAUUUCCUACUCGCCAUCGUCAUGCGCCAAGAUCAUCUCGAAGGUUCCCAAGAACUCCGAGGAGAUACACGGAUGUCCCUAUGUGUGGUCACAGGAGAAACUCGAGCAACGUCUUCGUGACUAUGGUGUCGAUGAUAUCACCAUCAAUGAAAUUAUAAAUGCAACCCAAAUCUCACCAAAUUUGGCAUGUGGAAAACAUUUUGACUAUUUACAUAAAGAUAAUACAUUCAACAUUAAAGUCAAUCAUCCAAAUCAGUUUUACGAUUCCUCUAGAGAAUAUUAUAAGAAACUAAAAGAUUUAGAAGAUGCAAAGAAUGCUGCUGCUGAGAAACUACAACAAUAA